UGUUGUAGCGCUGACAGUCACAUUCAUUCGUUCAUCCUCUCCUCGGUGGGUAAGGCUGUUUAUCGGCGGCUGGCUUAUUUACUAUCUUGCCGGUGCAUUCUUCCGGUAGCGCAUCGGAACACUAACAUUUCUGCCAGUUAUUUAACCCCAUCAGGACAGUCAUAAAAAAGUUAAAUAUGAGUGCACCUUUGGCAGGACGGCUAGCUUUUGUAACAGGCGCUGGUUCUGGGAUCGGUCGCGUCACGAGCAAACUUUUAUCUCGCGAUGGAGCAAUCGUGGUGGCCGUGGAUCGCAAUUUAGCCGCAGCGGAAGAGACCGUGCAAAGCUUGGGGGGUAAACAAGAUAACGCCGCUUACGAGAUGGACGUUUCAUCCAGCGCAAGUAUAGACAAAGUACUGAAAGCAGUCGUCGAAAAGUAUAAAAAGCCGCCGAUGAUUGUGGUCAAUUCGGCCGGAAUUACAAGAGAUAACUUCUUGUUGAAAAUGCCAGAAGCUGACUUCGAUGCCGUCAUUGAUGUGAACCUGAAGGGAACUUGGCUGAUGCUGCAGCAUUUUGGCAAGGCAAUGGUAGAACACGAAGUGUGCGGAUCGAUGGUGAACGUUUCGUCGAUUGUAGCUCGGAACGGUAAUAUUGGACAGUCUAACUAUUCGCCCAGUAAAGCCGGCGUCGAAGCUAUGACAAAAGUGGUUGCGCGUGAAUUUGGCCGCUACAAUAUUCGAGUGAACGCCGUUGUACCGGGCUUUAUUAAAACUCCGAUGACAGAAACGCUUCCGCAAAAGGUAAAGGAUAUGGUUAUCAUGCAGUGUGCGCUGCGGCGGUUUGGUAACCCGGAAGAAAUUGGCGAAGUAAUCGCAUUCUUGGCUUCUGACAAAAGUAGCUACGUUAACGGGACUUCGAUCGAAGUAACUGGAGGUUAAAAAGUGCCUUUGAGCCGGUGAAAUUGGUUAAAAUUAUUACUCAGGUCAACGAAACAGAAGGCAUUUAAAUUGUUUACACCCUACUUAACUUGGCUCAAGCUCUGGAAAGUUCACUCCAAGUCUAAAAAAAAUAUUUUAACUCCACAGUCGUGCAUUAUAUAUAACGGUAUUGUAAUAAAAAAAAAGAGUUGAAUUUA